GCGGAAUCCGCGUGUGGAGACGCCCGCGGCGCCGCCCGUGAGGAGGAUUCGCGUCGGGGCAGCAGCGGCGCCGGAUUCCGCGCGGCGACAUCGUCCAGGAGGGCGGAAGCGCUCACGGCGGGCGCAGGACCGCGCGGGAGUCGAUUGCGAGGAGAAGCCGGAAGGUCCCACGGGGCGCGAAGGUUCCGGUCCGCGCUGGAUCCCGCCGCGUUGGCGGAGGCGGCGGAGUCUGCGGAGGCGGCGGCGGCCGAGGCGGUGGCGUCGCUGCGCGUGGACGACGCCUUCGCGCCCGCCUCGGCCCCGCCCCCUCCCCGUGCACGCGCAGCCGCCGCCACGUUCAUCUGCUCCUUCGCCGGCCGCGGCGCCGCCUACAACAAGGCCUGGAAGCUGGACGCGCACCUGCUCGCGCACACGGGGGAGCGUCCCUUCAGGUGUGAGCACGCGGGCUGCGGGAAGGCGUUCACGCGCGACUUCCACCUCCGCCGCCACGCGCUGGUGCACACGGGCGAGAGGCCGUUCACGUGCGAGGAGCCGGGCUGCGCGCAGGCGUGCUCGACCCGGGCGAACCUGCGGCGCCACGUGCAGCGCAAGCACCGGGCCGCGAGGACGCCGUUCGCGUGCGACGUGGACGGCUGCGGCGCCGCCUUCAGGAAGCACCAGCAGCUGCGCGUGCACCGCUGUGAGCACACGGGGGAGUCGCCCUUCCGGUGCCCGCACGAGGGCUGCGAGCGAACCUUCUCCUCGGCCUCCAGACUCCGGCGUCACGGGAAGGUGCACGAGGGCUACCCGUGCCGGAAGGGCUGCGGCUUCGUGGGGAGGACGUGGACCGAGCUGCUGCGACACACGCGUGAGUCACACCAAGAGGCGUCCUCGUGCCCCGCGUGCGGGCGGAGCUUCCGGCGGCCGGAGCAGCUGCGGCGUCACGCGGCGGCGCACGCGCCCGAGCGGCCCGUGUGGCGGUGCGCGCGGCCGGGCUGCGCCCGCGCGUACACGAGUGCGGGGAACCUGCGCGCCCACGUGCUGGGCUUCCACGAGGGGCUGCGGCCCUUCGCGUGCGCGCGCCCGGGCUGCGGCCGCGCCUUCGCCUCCAAGCAGAGCCUCGAGAGACACGGCGCCACGCACGAGCCCGGCAGGAGCGCGAGGGUGAGCGGGGGUCGGGCUCGCACACGCGUGUGCACACGCACACACACAGCCGGCAGGAGCAGGAGGGUGUGCGGGGUCGGGGUUGGCACAUACACACGCGCACGCACCCACACGCACACAUGUACACGCAAGACCACGCACAUGCACGCACACACGUGUGCACACACGCACGCACACGCGUGUACUGAGCCGCCGUCUCCCCGCAGGUGAGGACCCCGCGUGGGAGGCGCAGCCUGGCCUCGCGCCUCAGCGGCUUCGACCCCCGGGGGCUGGGGGCGCGGGCGCGUGUGAACACGCGUGUCAGGCGGCUCCCGGUGCCGGCCCAGUAAAGUCACCGUCUCCCGG